AUGACCCUGCCGAAGGUAAGCGUUGCAAAACAAGAGCUGUCAGGCAGAUCACGCCACGGGCUUAGCCGGCAGCCUCUUCGAAGGGGGACUGAGCAGUCCUCAGCAGGGCGAAAAUCUGGCUGCAAGAGGCGUUUGGGCAACCUGGAGGUUCUCCUCUUCGGAAAGGUAAGCCUCACGUAUGAGAAAUCAAACUCCAGGGACUGGUUUUGUUCACUUCCUCCUCUUGCAGAACUUUAGCCAGCAAUUUUCCCAAGCCUCUUUCCCCACCACCCUCGGACGAACGCUUUGUACUUCCUGCAACAGGAGGUUCCUGCAUGGACGGGCGAUGCCUUCUUAAAGCUGCUUUCAAAAUUGCUUCUUCCUUUAACCAAGCCCAGGUAUCUCAGCACGCAGCUCUUCCUAAGCUACGGGUUUGCAGAUUUCCAAAUUUAUAAUUCGCCGGCUCGUCAAAGCAACACGUUGGCGGCAAGCUGGUAGGGGUUCCGGAAAAAGGAAAGCAGGAAUAAAUACGUUGGGGGGGGGCGUUUCCAAGUGUGGGGAGAUUUUCAGAGUCUCAGGUGGGUUUUUCUGUUUGGGAAGGUCUAGUAGGGGAGAAUUUGCAUUGUAGGAGAGCCCUGUAAGAGGAAUGGAGCAGGGCAUGUUUAGCGUGGAGAAGAGGAAACUGAGAGGUGAUAUGACAGCCAUCUUCAAAUAUCUCAAGACCGUCACACGGAAGAUGGAGCAUGCUUGUUCCCUGCUGGUUCGAAGGAUAGGACCUGAACCGAUGGAUUCAGAUUACAAGGAGAUUCCGGCUGAACAUUAGUCAGAGCUUUCUGACAGUCAGAGCUGUUGGACAGUGGAACUGUCUCCCUCGGGAGGUUGUGGACUCUCCUUCCUUGGAGGUUUAUAAGCAGAUGUUGGGUGGCCAUGUGUCAUGGAUGCUUUUGUUGUGAUUGCUGCGUUGCUGGGGGGGUGGACUAGAUGACUCUUAGGGUCCCUGAAACUUACAAAUUUAACAUUAUCAAAGGAAUGCUUCUGCAAUCUUACAAAGACCAUUAGAAAGAAACAAAAAUUUCAAAGCUAAGAAACUGCCUCAAAGGCAUUUUUACAAUCCUUCCUCCACAGUAAGGUAUGUUAUUAAAUAAUCCAAUCCAUUCACAAAAUGGCUCUGUGCAUCAGCUCUGGUGUCUUCUGCCAUAUCACUGCAUAUUUAUGCACGACUGAGAUAAGUUUCCUUAACGAUGUUAUUCGAAAACCUGAAGCUGUUCUCUUACUUCUGUGAAACCUUUUUUUAAAGAGUUUUCUCAAAGUUUUGAAAAGCUAUUAGCCAGGAUCAUAGUGUAAUAAGACGUAACGUUUUCCUUUUAAAAAUUUAAGUGUGUGUGUAGAGUUAAGCGGUUGUACAUUUAUGAUUUAAUAAAAUAAUUCUAAAGGGGGGGGGAAUUACUCUUAGGGUCCCUUCCAACUCUAGGAUUCUGUGAUCUCAAAAAUACAUCUCCCGCAAAAAAUACAACUGUAAAAACAGGAUCCUUUCCUACCUGAAAUGAGUUUGACAGCAAUUAUUAUUAUUAUUAUUAUUAUUAUUAUUAUUAUUAUUAUUUAUACCCCGCCCAUCUGGCUGAGUUUCCCCAGCCACUCUGGGCGGCUCCCAAUCAAGUGUUAAAAACAGUACAGCAUUAAAUAUUAAAAACUUCGCUGAACAGUUAUGAUAACGAACAGUGGUAGUUGAGAUUCCUGCAUUGCAGCGGGUUGGACUAGAGGACCUUCAGGGGUCCCUUGCGACUGUACAAUUUUAUGAUCCUAUGCAUGGUUUACAAGAAGUCUUGGGUUCGGUCCAGAGACCCCUGCCGCUGAAAACCUGGAGACCCCUUAGCAGCCAGGACAGACAACGCUGAUCUAUAUGGACCAGUGGUCUGAUUUGGUCUAAAACCAAGACUCCCGGAAGUUUUGGCUUCAUUUCUCAAGACUGUCUUUUCUCACAAUCCCCACUUGUUGCGAAAACUUAGAAUCUGCGAGGCGCGGGGUUCUCCUCCCCAAAAGCCCUGGGAAGCUUAGAGCGACACCAGCCCACUCUCUCUCACACACACACACCCCAAUUCCUGGCCUUGGCUACCCAAGCGAGCAGGCGUCGCUGGCAGCGAUCCCAGUCCGUUUCCGAUUCAGCAUGUUUCUGGUCUGCGGAUGUUUGUGCGCUCGUCUCUCUCUCUCUCUCGACACAGCAGUUUCUGGGUUGGAAAUAAGAGGAAACUGCUGGUGUGACGAAGGCCUGGCACACCCAGGGCUUCCGUAGGAGGGGCGCGCAAGGCUGAUGCUUGCCUCCAGCUUAUUCUUAGCACGUUGCAAGCUUCAGAGCUCUUGAGUCGCUGCCAGAGCCAGCCCCGGCACACCGGAGGCGCACGCUUUGCCGGUGCUCCUUCCGCCACGCACGAACAGGCUUUCUGGCCGCUCGCAGGAGUGGCUCUCCUACUUCAGAGAGAAGGGGCAGCGACUGGGAAGCAAAAUGCCUCUGAGGCGGUGGGAGAAACACCUUCGCGCAAAGCGAAGGUAACGUCGGGAAGGUUUAGGAGCCUUCUGCCCUCGAUGGACCCAGAACCUGCUCGCAGAACCACGUCCCGGGGCUCGCCCAGUGCUUUUGGAGUUGUGUGAGGAUUGUAGUGCGUGCCUCAACUUGCCGCACCUGCGCUCGGUGUGCGUUGUGUUGGGAAACUGAACAGAGGAAGGUAAGGCAUCCAUCGUCUGUCGUUUCACCCACACACGUUUUUGGUGCGUGAUUUCGUCCAAAUGGCAUCCCCUCUCUUGAGAAGGGUGGAACUCCUUUUUCUUUUUUAGAAAAAGGAAGACUUGCCUCAGUGGUGGGAAACCAGCUGUGUGUGUGUGUGUGUGUGUGUGUGUGUGUGUGUGUGUGUAGAUUAUCAUCAAAGGAAGGAAUAAGGCUGCCAUUGUUUGAGAAGCAAAGCGAGGCUUGGGUAGUCAUUAAGCACCAAUAAAAUUACUGUAUGAAUAUUGGUCCCAAUCCAGUGCUCUCUGAUUCGGAUACGAUUGCAGAGGUUUCACAUCAGAUGGGUCAGAGACCUACCAUAUUAUGCAUACUGGAUUUCGGUUUGUAGUUUGUAAGGUCUUUUGUUUAAAACUGUUCUAAACAUGUCUGAGCCUACAGAAGAGGAAACCGAGGCUACACGCAUUUCAUUGCAACAAAAUAAACUGAAUUCUAUUCAACCCGGUCCCUUCUCCUCACUUUCGCGAGGAAAUGAGGCUGGAGAUUUCUCAAAAUGUACCUAGCCCCAUCUCACCCACCGGUGGUUAACACUGUGGAUAAGAAACAAGGGGUUUUUUUGGUGUGCCUCGCACCGUCUUCUCUUUCUGUUGUGUUAAUGGGGCACAAAAUUUGUUGGCUUCCAAGUCAGCUGGCCUGUCUUUGCGGAUAGCGCAACACCGCAGGGCAUAUUGUGCCAAAUCCUUCAUCAUAAGUAAAUUGGGGGGGGGGGGUGUUUAAUUAAAGAAAAGGCCCUAUACAUUUUUACUUUACAUACCCCUGCUCUGACUUCCCUGUUCUGGAGGGUUUGCAGUCUGUAAUCUGGCAUCUUUUAGAGGAAGGGCAUGGCUGCUGUUAAUGGGGUGGUAGGAAAGACUCGCCCAGGAUUGAUUUCGGGAACAAUAGCGAAAGGACAGGAAAUUCUUUAGGACACACCCGUUCCCCACAGCUGGGAGCCUCCGCUAUCAGGCAACCUGUUGUGUUUUGUUUUGUAUUCUGGGCAUGUUGUGUGCCCGCUUUUCCACGCUUCUCUCUUUGAGCCUCAGUAAAAGCAAUUCUCUCCUGAAGGGAUGUGUGUCAUAGCUGUCAACCGUCCCUUAUUUGGUGGGAAACUCCCUUAUCCCAGCACCGUGUCCCGCUGCUGCCCCUUAUUGAUGAUGUCCCUUAAAUUUCCCGGGUUUCAUGCUCGCCCGGCUCGGGAGGGAAGCAGCAGCUCGGAGUCCUCCACCGCGAGAGAGAUUGCACACGAGCUGUCGCGUCUCCGUCUCUCCAUUUUCCCCCUCAGGGGCGCGUCGUGAGCAGACGGGUGGCUGCGGGCGGGCGGGCAGCCCCUCUCUUGCGAGAUUUCCACUGUGCUGCCAGGGGAAGCCGGAGGCGGCAGCUGAGGAGGUGGCCUGAGGGAGGAAGAAGAGGAGGGGAUGGGGAGGGACGCAGAAGGGCGGCGCUUCAGCGGCCGUGGCGCCGCCGCAAGCGCCUCAUGCCGGGCUCACGGGCGGCGUGGGCGAGAGUCUCUCUCCUUCCCUCCCUCUCGGGCAGGGAAAGGCCAAUGGAACUCCUCACGCCAGGACGACGGCAGCCCCGACAUGCUGCUUAGCAUACCCUCCAACCAGUUCAGCAUCUUAAUGUACUGGUUUUCCCCUCUGCAUCCCUUUCAUAACUCUAUUUUUAUAAAUCAUUUGUCCAUCCAUAGUUCAAAUUUUUACUACAAGUUUUCUGACAAUCCUACCAAUGUAUGUCACUCUUUCCAAUAGCUUUUCAAAUCAAUUAUAAACUUUCCCCAUUCUUUAUUAAAGAGGUCCUCUUCCUGGUUUCUAAUUCUGCCUGUAAGCUUUGCCAUCUCGACGUCGUUCAUCAGUUUUGUCUGCCACUCUUCUUUGGUCAGAGUUGUAGGCCCUUAGGGUCAUCUAGUCCAAUCCCCUGCAAAACACAGUCAGUCGUAGCAAAAGCAGCCUGGCUCCAUCAGUGCCGGAUUUCUGUAUAAGUUAAGCAAAAUCCUUUAUUUUGGCUGCUGAUCCCUUAUUUUCGAGGCUGCUGGUCCCUUAUUUUCAAAUCUGCAAGUUGACAGCUAUGGUGUGUGUGUGUGUGUGUGUGUGAAAAUCUGGGAUCUGCCGAGUAGAGCAUAUGUUUCUCAGUGCUUGCAUCUCUCCCAAAAAAGCAAGCUGUGUUGUAGAUGGUCCAAGAAGCUGUUCGGUCUGCUUUGCAUUAUCACCCCGUCUCUUGGCCCGGUGGAGAGAUGCAAACCUCUUGCCAUGUAGCCAGGACCGAGAUCUUUUCAAAGGAAGAAAUUUGGCCACAGCUAGAUCUUGCUUUGUUGGCAGGGCUCUCGAGAGAGUGAGAUAAAAGUUCAAAGCGGCGUUGACAAGCUCUUGGACGUUCCCUCUUGCAGGUGCCGUCGACGUGGUCUGAUACCAUCAUUGCCACGACUUUGCUGGCCUGGGAUUUCCCCAGCAGGGGAGGGAUAAUCAGAACUUAAUAAGGCUGUAGGCAAACUCAUCUCCGUGCUGCAAGCCGUUGUGCUUAAAGUGGGACAAAACAAGAUAUAAGGUCAUUGGGAAGAUUGGAAAUUGUAAUUAUUAUUAUUAUUAUUAUUAUUAUUAUUAUUAUUAUUAUUUAUACCCCAUUAAACACUUCUCUAAACAGGGCUGCCUUCAGAUGUCUUCUAAAAGUCUGGUACUUGUUUUUCUAUUUGACAUCUGAUGGGAGGGCGUUCCACAGGGUGGGUGCCACGACCGAGAAGGCCCUCUGCCUGGUUCCCUGUAACUUGGCUUCUCGCAGAAAGGGAACCGCCAGAAGGCUCUCAGUGCUGGACCUCAGUGUCCGGGCAGAAUGAUGGAGGUAGAGACGCUCCUUCAGGUAUACUGGACUGAGGCCGUUUAGGGCUUUAAAGGUCAGCACCAACACUUUGAAUUGUGCUCGGAAAUGUACUGGGAGCCAAUGCAGAUCUCUCAGGACCGGUGUUAUGUGGUCCCGGCGGCAGUCACCAGUCUAGCUGCCGCAUUCUGGAUUAGUUGUAGUUUCCGGUCCACCUUCAAAGGUAGCCCCACAAAGAGCGCAUUGCAGUAGUCCAAGCGAGAGAUAACUGGGACACCAUCUUUGCAGCAGAUCAUACUAUUUUACUUGUCUACUCCAGCUCUCCAAUCUUGGGCAGAGGCCCUCCCAACAGCUCCUUACCUGGUCCUUUUUAGCUGCAGAUUCCAUGCCAGCGAUUGAGCUAGGAGUUUUCUGCAUUCAAAACAUGAGCUCUGCCACUGUGCAGAAUUCAUGCAAUACGUUCCUGUGCGUUUACCAGGUGUUCCUCUGGUGCACUCUUAAGACAAAGGGGGGUAAGAAGAGACAAAGUGGGUGAAGCUUUUUCUCUUGCGUGCCUCCUGCUGAUGGACCAGGCAGGUUCUGGUGGCUAUGGAAAGGAGGGUGAUUUCGGACCUCAGAGAGUUUCCUGAAACAAGGGGCAGAAGAUACCGUAUUUUUCUUCCUAAAAAGUAAGGGGAAAUGUCUGUGCGUCUUAUGAAGCGAAUGUGUGGUCUCUGGAGCCGAAUUGCCCAGGGGCAAAAAGCAGAUCAUGCUCUCUUUUUUUUGAAAGAGGGAAGUGGGUGUUCAAACAAAGCCGCUGAUCGUUUGCCGAUCGGGGAGAGAGAUAAGGGACGCUAGAGAUAAAGGAGGCUGCCUGGGAGGGGGGAGGUAAAGACAGCAAACUUGCAAAGGGGGGAAACAGGAAGACUAAAGCAAUAAGGAGAGAAAUUAGAAGAAAAGGAGGAGCAAAAAACUGCUCCAGCUAAGGAAAAGACACUAAGGCAAACAGGAGGUAUAGGGGUGUUGAAAGGAAAUAGCUGAUCGGUGGGAUUGCGAGAGAUAAGGGACCCUAGCCUGGGAGGGGGGAGGUAAAAGCCCAUGGAUCCUCAGGAUUUUUACAUUGGGUCACCCCAAAUUCACCAUCAGAUCACAUCAGGCCACAGCAUGAACCACAAAAACAUACAUCCGCUGUUUCGUUCAGAAUAUUUUUUUCCUUGUUUUCCUCCUCUAAAAACUAGGUGCGUCUUAUGGUCAGGUCCUUUUUCGGGAACCAGGGAAAGGAGGUACCUUGGUGGAUGCCAAGCUCUGGGGCUGGCUCCUUGGGCUCCUUUGUGAAGGUCACCCAGCACAGUCAUAGGAACUGUUUCAGCUCCUUCUGUUCACAAUCCCACUCAGAGGCCCAGAGAGAAGAAUCUCGGGUGUGCUGCUACCUGAGCAGGGUUUUAACCCAGGUGGGCUUGCGUAGACACCAUCUGGAAAUGGGCAGGUGGUCCAUUCUUUUGAACUUGGACCUGAGAUUUGUGUGCUUGCCAGGUGAGAGUGUGACCCCAGCCAGCCGUCUUGAAAUUGUUUCAUCUGUGCUUGCCUUGCUACCAAUGCCUCAGUUGCAGAAACUGCUGCCUCCUUCCUUCGCUGAAAGGAAACAGGGCGACUCUGGGCAGAUCUGGUCUUGGUGUGUAUGCACACAGCAGCAGGAAAAUACGGCCCUCUUUUCCCAGUAGGUGGACACAGCGGGGAGGCGGCUGGGAAGUCAGUUCGGUGCAAACGCAGCAGCAGCAGGCACACCAGAGAGGCUCUGCCAGUGUGUUCGCGCCACACAGACCUCCACUGAGAGCCAGUGUGGUUCAGUGGUUAAGAGCGGUGGAGUCGUAAUCUGGUGAACCGGGUUCGGUUUCCUGCUCUUCCACAUGCAGCUGCUGGGUGACCUUGGGCUAGUCAAAGUUCUCUGAAAUCUCUCAGCCUCACUCACCUUACAGAGUGUUUAUUGUGGGGCAGGAAGGGAAAGAAGAAGAAGAGUUUGGAUUUGAUAUCCCGCCUUUCACUCCCUUUAAGGAGUCUCAAAGCGGCUAACAUUCUCCUUUCCCUUCCUCCCCCACAACAAACACUCUGUGAGGUGAGUAAGGCUGAGAGACUUCAGAGAAGUGUGACUGGCCCAAGGUCACCCAGCAGCUGCAUGUGGAGGAGUGGAGACGCGAACCCAGUUUCCCAGAUUACGAGACUACCGCUCUUAACCACUACACCGUGACCGGCUCUGGGGUUGCGGCGCUCAUCUCGCUUUAUUGGCCAAGGGAGCCGGCGUACAGCUUCCAGGUCAUGUGGCCAGCAUGACUAAGCCACUUCUGGCAAACCAGAGCAGCUCAUGGAAACGCCGUUUACCUUCCUGCCGGAGCGGUACCUAUUUAUCUACUUGCACUUUGUUGUGCUUUCGAACUGCUAGGUUGGCAGGAGCAGGGACUGAGCAACGGGAGCUCACCCCAUCGCAGGGUUUCGAACCGCCGACCUUCUGAUCAGCAAGUCCUAGGCUCUGUGGUUUAACCCACAGCGCCACCCGCGUCCCUUUGAGACUCCUUAGGGUAGUGAUAAAGCGGGAUAUCAAAUCCAAACUCUUCUUCCUCUUCCUCUUCUUCUUCCUUCCUCCUCUUUCCCCCUGCAAACAGCCACAGCUCACCUGCCAGGAAGCGAGUGUAGUGCCUCUGCCCCACAUCCGGCGACAUAUUUAUUUCCUCAUCUUUUCAGUCCCUGACAAGAGCGAGUUCAUGCAUGUUGAUGAACCACGGGAAAAACUUUAAAAUCACCCGAGGUCACUGAACCACCCUUCUCUUCUGAGUUAGCAGUUUACAAUACUCAGCUGCAAGUUGUUCAGUAACGGCUGUUUGCAACCGAAGCUUGUAUAUGUAUGAGUCAGCUCCAAACUGCUAGCGUUGCAGGUUUCAGGUUCCGGGUGCAGUUGGGAAGUCCAUGCCAUACGCCUGGCAGCAGGCAGGGGCAAGAAGGGAAGAGGGCCGAUAUCCACAGGCAACCAUCUCAAGAUGCUUGUUCCAGGUGCUUUCCUUCCUGGCGAAGGUCACAUCACACUGCUUGAGGCAUCUAAGGACCAGGUAGAAGGUGUUGAGAAAGACCUUCCUUGGCUAGAGAACUCCUAUUUGGGGACUUCUCUGACUUUUUUCCUGGCCCAUGUAGGACCAGUCUGGAUAGUUAGCCUCGGUGAAGACUCAACGUUUUCAUCCCCCAAAUUUUUUUUAUUUGUUUCCAUUGAAAUGAGGCUUUAUUUUCAUGUUUUAAUGUUGUAAUUUAAUCUUGUUUUUAAGUUGUAUUUCAAUCUAUUUGUUUUAUAUUGGGUGUUAGCCGCCCUGAGCCCGAUCUAGGCUGGGGAAGGCAGGGUAUAAAUAAAAUUAUUAUUAUUAUUAUUGAGCUGCUAGCCAUCCAGUCUGACUGUGACAGCACUAGACAGUCAGAUAAUCUGAUCUGGUAUAAAGUAGCUUCAUGGGAGAAGUUGCACUCAGACUCUCAAAAUCCUCUUGCUUCGACACGCAGACUUAUUAAAACAUGCUGCUGUCGCCAUUCCCUGCAUUCUCUGAACUCUCGGAUCAUUUGCUGAUCUCCUUCAUUACAGAAUUGUAGAGUUAGAAAGGACCCCAAGGGUCAUCUUGUCGGCGUCCUUCGGGGGCCGAGAAGCCAGCUGGCUACCCUCAGCUGGAUCGUGCCCUUCCAGUCAUGACGAUCCCUCUACCUCUAGGGUAAAGGACCCCUGACCAUUAGGUCCACUCGUGGCCGACUCUGGGGUUGCGGCGCUCAUCUUGCUUUAUUGGCCGAGUUUGCCGGCGUACAGCUUCCGGGUCAUGUGGCCAGCAUGACUAAGCCGCUUCUGGCUAACCAGAGCAGCGCACGGAAACGCCGUUUACCUUCCCGCCAGAGUGGUACCUAUUUAUCUACUUGCACUUUAACGUGCUUUCGAACUGCUAGGUUGGCAGGAGCAGGGACCGAGCAACGGGAGCUCACCCCGUCGCGGGGAUUCGAACUGCCGACCUUCUGAUCGGCAUGUCCUAGGCUCUGUGGUUUAACCCACAGCGCCACCCGCGUCCUUCCCUCAACCUCUGGCUCAACGUAAAUCAGCGACUCAGGCUUCAAAGCCUGAGCACACUUCAUCAGCAGAGCAAACGGCGCAAACAGAAGAGGCGUGAGGCUUGUGGAAACAUACUAAUAAGCUACGGAUUUAUCAGGCAUAAAUCAGGACAAAGAAAACAUGUCGUCUCUCAUUGCCGUCUCCUCAGAGAGAGAGGCAAAAGCUAUACACAACGGAAGUUCUCAGCAAACUGUGCUGGAAUGUAAACAGACAUGUGGCAUGUAACAAUCUCACACGUCUGCAACUAAAGGUGGAAUGGAAAUUUCCAACGCGUCUUAACCCAGCAGUUGAAAUUUGCCAGGCUGAUUUUGCACCUGGCUGCGGGCCAGUGGUCACCAAGUGAAGAGGGCCUUCUUGGUAGUGGCACCUGUGGAACACCCUCCCUUCAGAUGUCAAGGAGAUAAAGAACCACACAACUUUUAGAAGACAUCUGAAGGCAGCCCUGUAUCGGGAAGUUUUUAAUGCUUUAUGUUUGCUAUCUUUUUAUCUAUGCUGUAAGCUGCCCAGUGGCUGGGGAAACCCAGCCAGAUGGGUGGAGUAUAAAUAAUAGAAUUUAUUAUUAUUAUUAUUAUUAUUAUUAUUAUUAUUAUGAAGAUGCCCGGAUGCCAAGAUGGCACUUGAUUUCUCCACCAUCUUGAGGUGCAUGCCUGGAGAUCCCUGGGUCUUGGCUGCUUUCACACAUACACAACACGUCCCAUAGAAUUCUAUCCCAUAGAAUUCUAUCCGUGACAGUCAGAACAAAUGUCAGGAACCCCCAACAAAAGAGGAAAGGAUUUUGAAGUUAAUGGACAAUGUGGAGCGGCAAGGAUCCUAAUUGCUAAAAAACUGGAAAAAAGAAACUGUGCCAACAAAAAAGGAAUGGCAAGAUGAACUGUUAGAGUAUAUUGAACUGGCUAUCAGCGGUUCUCAACCUGUGGGUCCCCAGAUGUUGUUGGACUACAACUCCCAUCAUCCCUGAGCUCUGGCCUUGCUAGCUAGGCAUGAUGGGAGUUGUAGUCCAACAACAUCUGGGGACCUAUAGGUUGAGAAAGGCUGGGCUGGAUUAACAGAGGCAAUUAGAGAUCACACUAGACGAGAGUUUCAAAAAACAUGGGGGAAAUGCAGGGAAUACUUCACAAAACAGUGCCCUAAAAUACAUACCUGGACUUGUUUUGAUUAAUGUCUGCAGGAGACUUUGUGGGUAUUUAAGUUAUAAUUAGAAAAAUCUUAAUAAUUAUUCAUAAAGGAAACAGUUUAUAAGAAGUAAAUAAGGAAGUCAGAUGCUGGAUAAAGGAAGUCUGUUAUUUGGUUGUUUGUAUUGUUGUAUGUUACGUUCACUGUAUGUUACGUUCACAUUUAAUGUGCAUUGGGGAGUGGGGGGUUUGUGUUACGUUGUAAAUAAAAUUCCAAUAAAAUUAAAUAAUUGAAAUUGCAAGCAGGUCUUGGAUGUUUACGCAAGGGAAGGAUUGUAAGAAUGAAGGGAAUAAAGAAAUUUAUAGUAGAAUAAGAAUUGUGUACAGUGGUGCCCCGCAAGACGAAUGCCUCGCAAGACGGAAAACCCGCUAGACGAAAGGGUUUUCCGUUUUGGAGGUGCUUCGCAAAACGAAUUUCCUAUGUGCUUGCUUCGCAAGACGAAAAUGUCUUGUGAGUUCCUGCAGGGUUUUUUCCCCUCCCCCCUUUUUCCCAAGCCGCUAAACCGCUUAUCAGCUGAUGGCUAAGCCGCUUAACAGCUGAUGCUAAGCCGCUUAUCAGCUGAUCGUUAAGCCGCUUAUCAGCUUAUCGUUAAGCCGCUUAUCAGCUGAUCGUUAAGCCGCUUAUCAGCUGAUCGUUAAGCCGCUUAUCAGCUUAUCGUUAAGCCGCUUAUCAGCUGAUCGUUAAGCCGCUUAUCAGCUGAUCCACUAAGCCCGCUAAGCCGCUAAUACUGUAGCACUAAUCCGCUAAUGGGCUUGCUUCGCAAGACGAAAAAACCCACAAGACGAAGAGACUCGCGGAACGGAUUCUUUUCGUCUUGCGAGGCACCACUGUAUAAGACAUAGAGAUGCAAAGGCCUUGGGGGGGCGGAAUGGGGGAAAACAGGUUUUUUUACCCAAAGUGCUUUUUUUCCAGGAAAAAAAACACACUGUGGAAUAUUCAAACUAUAUCAAACUGUUUGUUUUUUCAUUUUUUUCUGGGAGGGGGCUGGAUCCCCCCCCCAAAAAAAAUUUUCCAGGUUUUUUUUCCAGGCGUUCCCAUCUCUAAUGAGGCAGCAGGUAAUUUGUCUGUAGGGAAAAACCACAUGAAUGUAAGGCUAGGAAGUCAAAUCGCUAAGAAAAGUGUAUGAAUUGCACUUUGUGUGAAGUUUAUAAAACCAGUAAGAAUUUAAAUAUAAGAAAGAAUGAAUUUGAGGAACCAAAGAGUCAUAUUGAAAAAUACGACCUUUAAGCUGCCUGGGCCCAAAUGGCAGCUAGACAUUCCAUUUUGGUCACGGUAACCCUGGUUUAAGGAGCCAUUUGGUUCCUAUCUUAUAUAUCUUUGAGUUUCUAACACUGGUCUAGUCCAGCUCCUUCCCAGUGCAGGAUUAACGGAGGACGAAGAACGGGGGCAGAUUUAGGAAGGCACCUAUUCUCUUCCCCACCUCCUCCUUCCGUCAUUUUAGUCCUAUUUAUUUCGUAAACUUUGUACACCUCUUGGUUGCAAAACGUCUCAAAGCGGUUUGCAAAAAAAGGAAAAAAAGACCUUUCUCCCUCCUGACUAGAGGAUGGCUUCCCCUGGUCCAUAUUGUGACCUCAUGUGUCGCAUACUGUGACAACAGAAUAGGCUGGACAAGUUCAGGCUAGUGAUGUCAACCUUUUGGUUACCACUUCCUAGCAAAAAGAGAGGGAUUAUCUGUUGUGCAACGCUCCUCCAUACUGGAUAGAAAAGUGGGUGCCGAUAUUAUUAUUAUUAUUAUUAUUAUUAUUAUUAUUAUUUUCAAUGAAGUGUUUAGGUAGUGCUUACUACCAGCGUACAUUGGUACCUUGGUUCUCAAACGCCUUGGCAGUCAAACAACUUGGAACCCAAACACUGCAAACCCGGAAGUAAGUGUUCCAGUUUGCGAACUUUUAUCGGAAGCCGGACGUGCUCCAUUUUGAGUUUUAUGCUUCCAAUUUGAGUUCCACACUUCCAUUUUGAGUGUUGCGCCAAGGUCUGUCUGUUUUUGCUGUUUAUUUUGCUUUUUUGUUUGUGUGUGACUGUGUGGAACCCAGUUCAGUUACUGAUUGAUUGAUUGUAUGACUGCAGUACACUGUUUAUUGCUUUCAUUUUAUGGAUCAGUGGUCUCGUCAGAUAGUAAAAAUCAUGUUAAAUUGCCGUUUUAGGGGUUGCUUUGAAAAGUCUGGAACGGAUUGAUCUAUUUUGUAUUGCUUUCUAUGGGAAAGCACGCCUUGGUUUUGGAACGCUUUGGUUUUGGAACAGACUGCCAGAACGGAUUAAGUUUGAGAAUCAAGGUACCACUGUACUAUAUAUCUGUAUAUAAGAGCCAGUGUUAGAAACUCAUAUAUAUAUAUAUAUAUAUAUACAUAUAUAUAUAUAUACAUACAUACACACACACACACACACACACACACACACACACACACAGUGGUGCCCCCGCAAGACGAAUGCCUCGCAAGACGAAAAACUCGCUAGACGAAAGGGUUUUUUGAGCUGCUUCGCAAGACGAUUUUCCCUAUGGGCUUGCUUCGCAAGACGGAAACGUCUUGCAAGUUUGUUUACUUUUUCUUAACACCGUUAAUACAGUUGCAACUUGACUUCGAGGAGCAACUCAUAGAAAGCGGUGUGGUAGCCUUGUUUGAGGUUUUUAAAGACUUUGGUGAUUUUUGAAGCUUUUCCAAAACUUUCCCGACACCGUGCUUCGCAAGACGAAAAAAAUCGCAAGACGACAAAACUCGCGGAACGAAUUAAUUUCAUCUUGCGAGGCACCACUGUAUAUAUAUAUAUAGUAGGUGCCAAAUGGCUCCUUAAACCAAGGUUGCAGUCGCCAAAAUGGAACAUCUGGUUGCCAUUUUGGGGCAAGACGGUUAUACAGUCAUACCUCAGGUUACAGCCGCUUCAGGUUGCGUUUUUUCGGGUUACGGACCGCAGAAACCCGGAAGUGCCGGAACGGGUUACUUCCGGGUUUCAGCAGUCGCGCAUGCGCAGAAGCGCCAAAUCGUAACCCGCGCGUGCGCAGACGCAGGUUGCGAACGCUGCAGGUUUCAAACAUGCAUCCCGCACGGAUUACGUUCGCAACCCAAGCGUCCACUGUAUGGUCUUGUUUUCCAAAUGAUGGACUGACUGUGUUUGAUUCUCAGUUAAAACAUCUGGCUAGUCCACCUUGAGGUGGGUUAAGAACUUUGAGAACUGAAAGAAGAAAAGCCGCUUGAUCCAGGGCCAUCCACACCUAUAUUGGCCUUUUUUCCCCUGAAUGGUGACUGCUUCCUGUUCAGCCUGAAAAUGAAAAGGCAUUUUGGUUUCCUGAAAUUCAUUCCGAUUGUGUGGAUAAAAUAUAACAGAUCGAAAACCACACUAUUGGGAGUGUUAGUGGGCGAAAACGGUCGAUAUCCAACAAUCCUCAGGCAUGCACCUCCAGAUGCCAAAGAUGUUAGGUGGCAUCUUGGCGCCCUGGCAUCUUCAGUGGCCGAUAGAUAGCCGGGUGCAAAAUGCACUUGGCGCCUGGCUAAUUUCGAACACGUGUUUUGGGGGGAGGGGGAGAGAACCACGUACACCACCCUAAACUCCAUGGAGAAAAAGGAGGCAUAAAAAUGUAAUAGAUAAACAAGCUUUUCCUAAAAAGGAAGUUGGCAUCUGCAUUGAGAGAGAGUUCGGCAACUUGCAGAUUUAACAUAUAGAAAAAGAGAACAAGAAGAAUGUACAUUUAAAGAAGACUGGAAACUUUACUGAAUACAUGGGUGAAAACUGUGUUCAUUUAAAGACCCUGGUAGCGUUAAGAUAACUUCAACAGUGUAAAUAAGCUUUGGUGGAUGUAACAAUGGAUUACUGAAUGGUUUAGUUUAUGUCAGGCACCCCCAACCUGCGGCCCUCCAGAUGUUUUGGCCUACAACUCCCAUGAUCCCUAGCUAACAGGACCAGUGGUCAGGGAUGAUGGGAAUUGUAGUCCGAAACAUCGGGAGGGCCAAAGGUUGGGGGGUGCCUGGUUUAAGUAAAACAUGCAGGGAUGUUGCGGUAUACAGAAUGAACCACGAAAAGAGAAGAAGCGGUCAUUGACUUAAGGUUGUUUAAUUGAAUAUUUUGAAAUGUAAAUUAGAAAAAUUAAUAAAAAUGGUAUAAAAAGAAACAAAAUUUUAAAAAAUCCUUCCAGGUGCUACUGGAAGGAAUUUUUUAAUUUUGUUUCGACUACAGCAGACCAACACGGCUACCUAUCUCUAACUAGAUCUAUAAAAAGAGAGAGAGAGAGUUGGGCUAGAUUCCCCUUUGGAAUCACUCUCCAUUCCUUGGACUUUGGGCUGAUAGUCAGUUCUGUAGCUCAUGAAGCAGGCCAGCAAAGCCACAAGUCCUAGAUGCCCGCAAUGGCUUUAAAUUUUGACCUUUGUGCUAUAACUCUUCUUUCCCUGAAGGAGCGUCUCCACCCCCAUCGUUCUGCCCGGACACUGAGGUCCAGCGCUGAGGGCCUUCUGGCGGUUCCCUCAUUGUGAGAAGUAAGGUUACAGGGAACCAGGCAGAGGGCCUUCUCAGUAGUGGCACCUGCCCUGUGCAACGCCCUCCCACCAGAUGUCAAAGAGAAAAAUAACUACCAAACCUUUAGAAGACAUCUGAAGGCAGCCCUGUUUAGGGAAGCGUUUAAUGUUUAAUAGGUUAUUUUUAAUGUUUAAUAGCCUGACCCCCUCCUUUGGUAAUUCUUCACAGAAUUCUAGCCCAAUGGUUGCCAUCAUUUGAUUUGAACUGAUUUUAUAAUGAAUUGAUUUUAGAAUGCUGUAUUAUUUUACUGUUGUUAGCCGCUCUGAGCCUGGCUUUGGCUGGGGAGGGCAGGAUAUAAAUAAAUUAUUAUUAUUAUUAUUAUUAUUAUUAUUAUUAUUAUUAUCUGUUGGAAGCCGCCCAGAGUGACUGGGAAAACGCAACCAGAUGGGCAGGGUAUGAAUAAAUUAAUAAUAAUAAUAAUAAUAAUAAUAAUAAUAAUAAUAUCAGCAUUAUCAUGUCCUUAUCGAUGGAGACUUUCCCACUGACUGGAGACCCUUUCUUUCUUUCUUUCUCUCUCCCCCAUUUCCCCUUCUUCCAGAUUGUCUCGUAUGCUGAAAGGCUGUCGAUUUAUGGAGGGUCCCGGGUGCAGCUUUGA